UGGAGCUGGAGCUGGGUUGCCAGCGAGCGCGGGCCGCUCCGGCUCUGCCUGGCUCGCGCGGGGCCGUUGGAGCCUCUCCCGGGGCCGGAGAAGGGUGUGUGACUGAGAUCAGGGCUCCUAUCGUACUGAGCGUGGCCCUAUUCUGCCAGGCACUGAAGAGACCCCAGGCUACAGAAUAACGUCCACGUUUUGCUCCAGAUCAUCCCAUCCUCCCAGGGGGAAGGCAAUGGCUGCAAUGGAGCUGGCUCAGGGGCCGGUGACUUUCGAGGAGGUGGCUGUGUAUUUCACUAGGGAGGAAUGGGCUCUUCUGGACCCUGUUCAGAGAGCCCUCUACAGGGAUGUCAUGCAGGAGAACUAUGAGACGGUGACCUCGCUGGUAGGGUUUCCAGUUUCCAAACCUGAUGUGAUCUCCCAGGUGGAACGAGGGGAAGAGCCGUGGGUUCCAGACCUCCAGGGCUGUGAGAAAGAAGUGCUUCCAAGAGCUGCCUGCACAGGUAGUGACCUGUGUCUGGAUUCUCUCUGUCUCCCAUCAGGUGAUGGGAUGGUGAGUGAGAAUAAGGAGGAGAAACCCCGUCAGGAAGAUGCUGAGCGAAGAGAAGCACAUGGAAUGUUAUCAGGAAGAUCCAAAGAGAAUGUUUCCAGGAGUUGUGCACUCCCAGAAAAACCAAAAGCCUGUGAGACUCAGGGGAGGCCAGAGGGAAACUUUAGUAGCCUCUCAGACCUUAUAACAAGUGGCAGAAUCAACUUGGAAGAGAUACGCUACAGGUGCUAUGAGUGUGGGAAAAGCUUCAAUUGGAGCUCUACCCUUGUCAGACAUCGUAGAAUCCACGCGGGAGAGACGCCUUAUACGUGCACUGAGUGUGGGAAAAGCUUCAGUCAGAGCUCACACCUUAUCCGACAUCAGAGAAUCCACACGGGAGAGACACCUUAUACGUGCACUGAGUGUGGGAAAAGCUUUAAUUGGAGCUCUACCCUGAAUGCACAUCGUAGAAUCCACACAGGAGAGAAGCCCUGCACAUGCGCUGAGUGUGGAAAAAGCUUUCGUUGGCGCUCACACCUUAUCCGACAUCAGAGAAUCCACACAGUAGAGACGUCUUACACGUGCGCUGAGUGUGGGAGAAGGUUUAGUCGGCGCUCACACCUUAUCGGACAUCAGAGAAUCCACACAAGAGAGACGCCCUACACAUGCUCAGAGUGCAGGAAAAGCUUUAGUCGGAGCUCAAACCUUAUCAGACAUCAGAGAAUCCACACAGGAGAGAUGCCGUAUACGUGCACUGAGUGUGGGAAAAGCUUCAAUCGGAGGUUUACCCUGAACACACAUCGUAGAAUCCACACAAGGGAGAUGCCCUACACAUGCUCUGAGUGCGGGCAAAGCUUCAGUCGGAGCUCUACCCUGAACACACAUCGUAGAAUCCACACAGGAGAGACGCCCUACACAUGCUCUGAGUGUAAGAAAAGCUUCAGUCAGCACUCAAGCCUUAUCACGCAUCAGAGAAUCCACACAGGAGAGACGCCCUACACAUGCUCUGAGUGUAAGAAAAGCUUCAGUCAGCACUCAAGCCUUAUCACACAUCAGAGAAUCCACACGGGAGAGACGCCUUACACGUGCACUGAGUGUGGGAAAAGUUUCAAUCGGAGCUCUACCCUGAACACGCAUCGUAGAAUCCACACGGGAGAGACGCCCUACACAUGCACUGAGUGUGGGAAAAGCUUCAAUCGGAGCUGUACCCUGAACACACAUCGUAGAAUCCACACAAGGGAGAUGCCCUACACAUGCUCAGAGUGCGGGCAAAGCUUCAAUCAGUGCUCAAGGCUCAUUAGACAUCAGAAAAUGCACAGAAGAGAGAAUUGUAAUAAAUCCCUUGACUAGGGUUGGCAAAAAUGAAUUUUUUUUUUAAAAAAAUCACAUUAGCUAAUUCCCACAAAGUGAUUUUUGCAUCGUCUUCACCGUGGUGUCCCAGCUCCACCAGAUAAGUUGCCGUCUUCUGCCUUUUGCAGAUCAGCCUUCUUUGGGGUCAGUCCUAUGAUCUUUUCUAUCAACUCCUUUCCUUUUGAGUCAUAGGAGUGUGUAUCCCUCCAGCCAGGAAUGUUCAUGAGCUCCAAGUUGGGGAGAGAGGUUUGAUCCCAGCAAGGUACACUGAGUCAAAAACUACCUGUGCCUUCCAUCCACUAGGACUGUACAUGGCGUUAACUGCUCAAGUUAGUGAUCUUAAUGUAAAAAGUUGUAGUGCAGAUGCAGCCCAGGUGCAGUGGUUGGCAUUAGCUUUCCCCUUGACCUGACCUAAACUCCAUCACUUUUCCUAGUCUAAACUAACCCUGAGCAUCACGGUUAUCCUGUUCCCCCAUUUCAAAGCAAUUGUUAGUCAUCGAGUUCUCCCUUGGGGAACAAAUUGUUUCAUUCCCAGUUGUUCUGAUGUUGCUUCAGGUUGUGCUGGAGAGCAGAUAUUUUUAUUAUUAUUUUCCGCACUUAAAAUAUAUUGAACUAUAACAAAGAGCAGGAACAGGGCAGGGAUAGGGAAAAAGUCAUUUCCUCCUCUGUAACAACAGACAUAGUUAGAGUAAGUCAGAGGGAGUCCCUUAUUCCCCAUCACUGUCCUCCUUCAAUCCGUGCUAGAACCUAAGAAUCCUUUUCCUUUCCCCAGUUGUGGGAUGGGAGACUUCCAAAAAUGCUCCCUGUGCUAUACCACGUGGCUAAGCUCAGAGAAUAAACCCCAAAUCUCCCCUGAGCUUUGCUUUUUGAAUUCUGUAUUUCCGAUUGCUUCAAGCCUGGGCAUUGUGAUUAUUAACCAGUUUCUCUAGCACUGUUCCUACCACUGUUUCUGUAACAUAUUUUGUUUUUUAUGGGACAGGGUUGUUAUUCCUUUGCCUAACCCCAACCUGGAAGGCCAGGGUGUCUGUUUUCUCUGGCCCCUCCCCACAGACAAAUCUGACAGGGUUGAACCUGCCUGGAGCAAACAAAAAGCCCCACCGGUCACACACACGAAGCAGAUAGACAUACACAAGACACAGAAGAAACUGAAUAAGUUGAGCUAUCAACAUUUCCAGUUUCCCACAGCAUGUUAGUUCUGAAGGUUGUUUAAUUUCUUUUUUUUCUUGGAACAGGAACUGGGGAAAGAGAACACUUGAGUCAGUGGAAUUACAGCAGGAAGGGAUAAGUCUCAUGAUUUGUCACUAACCAAAGGCCUUGUAAACAGAGCGAUAAUGUUACUGAAUGGUCUGGCUAACCCUGCAGUUAGAAACAAUGAGCUCUAUGGGUGGUAAAUUGACAGGCUUUGCUGCUGAACAUGAAAUAGCAGCUGUUGAAAGGUAAUAUGCUUCUAUUUCAAUGCCUCUGGAUGUACAGAAAACAAUGAUCUGUGUUAAAGGCAAGUUGCCAUUUCUCAGUGCCCCAAUUUCUAUUGUGUGUGUACAGGAAGGUUUGAAUAUGUAGCAGGUAGUUUGAUAAAGCUUAGCUAUUUUGUGUGUGUAACAGACUCUUGCCCACCUCCAGCAGAGCUUUCAGUCACGUACUAUGACAACUUACUGAAUGUCAUCCAAAUUAGUCCAUUCCUCCCCAUAGUCAGUCUCUGACCGGAAUGUUAGAAUGAGGCAGAGAACUGGGAAAGUAUCGCAGUAGGAAUACAUUAAAAAGUGGGAUUAAUCAGAGCUGGGAUGCAGACAGAGCCUGUUCUACAGCUGGUGAAGUGCUAGGGACACACUCCCACUAGUACAGGCUCUGAAAUAAAGGCAGAAGCAGAUCGAAGAGAAUGAGCUCAUGUGGGAGCUACGGGCAGCUGCCCUGUCAGUGCACGACUCACCUGGCAGGUGUUACACAAAACGCAGCACUUCCCCUCUGGAAGAGAAACACCUCUCCGCUGCCACCACUUCAUUAUACUGUCCAUGAGGCUGUUUGUCCUGCAGGACUUUGAUCUCUUUGAGUGGUCCAUGGUGAAUCAUAAAAGAGCAGGAGUCAUCCCAAUGGAAAUCUCUUCACUUCUUUCUUAGUGUUACCUUCUUAGCCCUGGCUUUGGAGAUGACAUUUGCCUUCUCCUGUCUUGAUUUUAGGUAGGAUUUUGAUCACCUUCUGGGGCUUGGCAGCUUACAACUUUUGAGGGCUUUUCUCUGCCUUUUUGGUCCCUGCUGCCGUCAGUACAUGCUAGACAUGGGCAUGGUGACUUUCCUGAGGAUCUUGACAGCUUUAUCCAGCUUCUUGGGGGCUAUUUUCCUGCUCACAGCCACUGUCAUCUUCUCAUGCCUUGUUCUGGAGGCCCAGCUGCUGGUUGAAUGGGAAGGAGCCAAAGUGCUGGUGACUUUAUCCCGCACCAAGUUGCCUUUGCUUGUCAGACUCCUGAACCCCAACUGGACGUGGCUCUUGUUCUUCUGCACAGCACAGCCCUGGACAGGAGGGAUCUGCCAAUGUACAUUCCUAUGAUCGCUUUGUUUAAUGGAUGAAAACAUAAACUCUACACUUAGAGGAUUGGAACUGAUUUCAGCUGAUGGUCAGGUUUGCUAGGUUUUUAUGCAUUUGGACAGUGAAAUGUUGAGUGUUUACAUUCAUUUCAAGCAUCCCCAUAUAGUGGAGCUCCUGAACAUAAUGGAGAAUGGAAAUGAAAAUGUUUUCCCUUUUUUCAAAAAUAAAAAUAAAAAAAUAAGAGGCUUAUUAGAGGGCACUUGGAUUUGAAGCAAGGACCCCUUGAUCUUCAGUCAAACACUCUACCACUGAGCUUUACCUCAAUGAGAGCAGAUACUUUCCCCAUUGUAGCUGAAGCACAUCAGUGAUUCCAAUAGCAGGGGCAGGUUCUCUCUGGAGCACAGAGAUAUUUCGGAGAGCUGGUGGCUCCUUUCUUUCCUCAGUCUGGAUUAAACUCAGUUUUUUUA